ACAGGUUUUCGGAGAGAAGCGUUUUUAGAGGUUCUUGUGUAGGCUUUGAGGGAGGAGAGGAGGGAUUUUUGGAAGAAGAACCAGAGGCGAAGACGGGAAGGGAAAGAGGUGAGAAUGCAAGUUGAGAAGACAGAGAGGGACUUGUGAAGCAGAAGAGAGUGAAAAGGGAGGAGUGAGCGAAGAAGCGGGGAGAGACUACCAGCUCCUCUUUCUGUUUUCUCUUGAAAAACGAAAGGAGAAAUAGAGAAGGGAACUACAGAAGUAGGCUCGGCUUAGUUCAACGCAUCCGGUGGUUGAUGUUAAGAAAGUUUACGGGAAUUGUUCUAGUAGUAAAUUCAGGUGCAACUGUAGCUUCCAUGAUCAAGUUCCGUUCCUUAAAAGCAGGAAAGGACUUGCUUUUUUAUAGAAGCCUUGAUGAUGGGAGGCUUGCAUUUACUUCUCGAUUAUGCUCAAGAUUAUGUGCACCUAGUUAUGUAUCAUUUCCUAAGAGACACUUCUCUCAAGUUCCGGGAGUGGCAAGAAAUAAUGAUGUUAUUGGUAUAAGAAAUGGAAGGAGCAGCAGGGAGAGGUUGGCCUUCAAAGGGUUGCAUAAGCAAUGGAAGAAGCCAAAUGCUGUGGGUAUGCUGUCUAAAACUGAAUCUACUAAUACAACAGUCUUUGCAUCAAAAGAUGGCAAGGUUGCUUCUAGUGAGCAGCUAAUUGGAGAUGGGAACAGUGAUGUAACUGUUAGAUCACCUACAGCAACUUCAUCUACUGGCAGUGGUAAGCAAGAUUCUCAAGUCAAAGGAAAGGAUGGGCAACAUUUAAGAGGCCGAAAAAAUCAUGAGAAACCCUUUGUCCCCGAAGCUUCAGAAGAAGCCACUUUAACAAAACGUUCUACAAAUGGUUCUUCGACAAAGAGCUCUACUUCGAGGAAAAGCAGCAAGAGAUCACUCAAGGGUUUGGAGAAGAGUUCAACCUUGAACACACCUGCAGAAGUGCUUGUUGAUUCUGUUUCAACCAAAAAGAAAGGCAGCAAGAAAAGUGGGAAAUCUGAGGCGAAGAAAAAAUCUGUAAAAGGUAAAAAUGAGUCACUGGAGAAAGAGAAUCCUCAAAGCACAAGGAAGCUUGGAAUUCAGAGACAAAAUAUUCUGAAGCAGCUAUAUCCACCAACUGGGAAAUCUAUCAUUGUCGUUGAGUCUCUUACAAAAGCGAAAACAAUUCAGGGAUACCUUGGGGAUAUGUAUGAAGUCUUGCCAAGUUAUGGGCAUGUAAGGGAUUUAGCUGGACGGUCAGGAUCUGUACGACCUGAAGAUGACUUUAGCAUGGUUUGGGAGGUUCCAUCUUCGGCCUGGACUCAUCUUAAGAGCAUCAAGGUUUCACUGAGUGGAGCAGAAAAUCUUAUUCUUGCAUCAGAUCCGGAUCGUGAAGGGGAGGCAAUUGCAUGGCACAUCCUUGAGAUGUUGCAACAACAGGAUGCCUUACAUGAAAAUACUACAGUAGCAAGGGUUGUCUUUCAGGAAAUAACUGAGUCGUCUAUCAAAAAUGCUCUGCAAAACCCACGAGAAAUUGAUGCAAACUUGGUUCAUGCCUAUCUUGCACGGCGUGCUCUUGACUAUUUGAUUGGUUUUAAUAUUUCACCAUUAUUAUGGAGGAAACUACCUGGUUGUCAAUCUGCUGGGAGGGUUCAAUCUGCUGCAUUAUCUCUUAUAUGUGACAGAGAAAUGGAAAUUGACGAAUUUAAGCCACAAGAGUACUGGACAGUUGCUGUUGUGUUGCAUGACAAAGAGCAUUCAUUCUUUCUUCCAGCACAUCUGACCCAUUACAAUUCAAAAAGGUUGAAUCAACUCUCUAUUAGCUCUGACUUGGAGGCAAAUGAUAUCAAGCAGAAGAUAAAUUCAGAAAAAUUUCAAGUAUUGAGCUCAAAAACAGGCAUAAUUCGGAAGAACCCUCCUACUCCAUACAUAACAUCAACACUUCAGCAGGAUGCUGCAAACAAAUUGCAAUUUCCAACAAUAUACACAAUGAAGCUUGCACAAAAACUUUAUGAGGGGGUUAUGUUAUCAGAUGGUGAGGCAACUGGUUUAAUAACGUACAUGAGAACAGAUGGACUUCAUAUUUCGGAAGGAGCUGUUAAAGACAUUCGCUCUUUUAUCACGGAAAGAUAUGGUUCCCAUUUCACAUCAGAAAGCCCACGUAAAUAUUUUAAGAAGGUGAAGAAUGCUCAGGAGGCCCAUGAAGCAAUCAGACCCACGGAUAUUCGGAGGUUGCCAUCAAUGCUUGUUGGAAUACUAGACCAGGAUUCUUUAAAGUUGUACACAUUACUUUGGUCAAGGACAGUGUUGUUACCCCUUUAUAUCACCUUUGUUUUCUAUUUAACACUGAUUGUUAGCAUUGUGAUGCCUGUCUUCUUGUUGCACCAGGAUAGGAACUAUAUCACUAUAAAAAGCCGUGUAUUAUAUCCAGAAUUUCGUGGUCGGAUGGUGUCUGCAUUUCUCUCUCACCACUUUGCAGAGGUUACAGACUAUAGUUUUACUGCUGAUAUGGAGACUGAGCUUGAUAAUGUUUCUGCUGGCUUAACUGAAUGGAAAGGCCUCCUGAGGGACUACUGGAUGCGAUUCAGCUCAUACUGUAGUCGUGUUGAAAGUGUCCAUAUUCAUCAAGUGGAGAAGAUGUUGGAGAAAAAAUUUGGGGGCUUUUUGUUUGCUUCUCUGCCUGAUCAAAGCAGGACAUGUUCAAGUUGUAUGGAGGGGAAAUUGAUUUUCAAAGUAAGUAGGUACGGUGCUGGCUAUUUCAUAGGAUGUGAUCAACACCCAAAAUGCAAGUAUAUUGCUAAGACAUUGUAUGGUGGCUGUGAAGAACCAGAUGUUCCUGAAAGGAACAACAGUGUGGAGGAGCCAAAAUUGCUAGGUCUCCAUCCUAGUUCUGGGGAAAAGAUUCUUUUAAAGAAUGGUCCCUACGGAUUCUAUGUACAGCUCGGUGAGGACAGAACAGGAUACUUACCUAAAAGAGCAUCUGUUUCCCAUAUAAAAGAAGUGAACUCUAUCACAAUUGAAGAUGCUCUUGAGUUGUUGCGUUACCCUGUGACCUUGGGAAACCAUCCGGCAGAUGGGCAGCCUGUAAUUUUGAAGCUUGCAAGAUUUGGAUUUACUGUUCGGCAUCGGCGUACUAUGGCUUCUGUUCCUAAGAAUAUGAAGCCAACCGAGGUAACACUAGAGAAAGCAUUGGAGCUUUUAUCCAGUAAAGAUGUGAGGCGAAGUGGGCGUCCUAAGAAGAAGAAGCCAGUCGUGGAAGAUGCUGUUGAGGCAAUGUAGCCGAAGCCUCUGCAUAUAUACGACAUACAGGAGAGGACUGACCAGGUUUGUCGAUGCGGCACACUUUUUCUAGUUCAAUUUUAAGUGUUAUUUGUAAUUUAAUUCUAAGUGUUAUUAUUUUAUUUUUUUUGGUAUGUUUUAGUAACUCUAGAUUUAUUUUAGUUUUCUUAGUAUUUCCUAUUUCUAAUAAGAUUUCGAGUUUUAGCA